AUGCGCGGCUCCUCGCUCUUCGCCAGCGCCUUGCUGCUCCUCCAGGCCAAUGCCCAUCCAGCGGCGCCUGUAGAGCCAGACGAUGACCCCGUCGCCAUCAUUACCGCAGCACCCAUUCUCGCGAAGCGUGCCUCGCCCACGGCGCCCUGGGUUCGCGUGGACGACGAGGGCCGGCCUGCCGAAACCUUGACCCCCAAGCUCAAGGAUGGCUCGGAUGACGAGUACGACAAUGCGGCGCCCCACGACCUGACCGCGUCUGAGUUCACCAGCACGGCUUGGGGACGCGUGACCACCUCGACCGGCGAGCCGCCAAAUCCUUCGGCCACGAACAAGCACGGCGAGGGUGCCUUCUCACGCUGCUACAAUGAGGAUGGCGACAACGCGCCCCUGUGUGCUCCUGCGGAGGACAGCACACUGUUUCAAGGCACCACGUACUACAUCACCUGGGACCCCGACUUCUUUAACAAGACCGACAAGCCGGGCAACGUCACCUACGAAAUCGCCGUUCGUCUCGACUACCUCAACCGCACCACCGACAAGGAGGCCCCCGACCACAACAAUCUCGAGGAGUGGCGCGACGAGGAGUACGAGAAGCUCGACGAGACGGACCGCGUGCCCGCCGACUGGGGCUUCCUCCCCCUCAAGAUUGAGAAGAAGUACCUAAAGGGUCCGCGCCCCCACAACAUCACCCUCCAGCUCAUGCUCGGCACCCAGGGCAACAAGGGCCUCAACGAGACGGGCCCCGCGCUGCCGCUCGUCUUUGACUACCACCAGCGCCCUGACCAGGACCCCGAGACGUACGAGCACCGGGACAUUGUGAUUGCCCUGCCCAUCACCUUUGGCCUGCUCAUUUUCAUUGCCGUCGGUCUCUUCCUCUGGAACCGCAAGACCAGGCGGGUCGAAAUUGGCAACAUUAUGUCCCGCUCUAGGGGCUACACGGGUCGCAAGGUCCGCGGCGUGUUUGGCAAGAACAUUGGCCGGGACGGGGCCGCCGGUGCCAUCCGUCUCGAGGAGCGCGAAACGCAGGGCGAGCCCCUGUAUGUCUACUCGGACGCCGUGCCCGAGGCGCCCCGUCGCCACAUCAGGCGGGACAGCGACCUGGGCAGUCUCGCUGGCAGCCCUGUGACGCCUGAUUUCAGGGACAACACCGAGGGCGGGAACGCCUUCCGGGACGAGAUGAGGAGGCAGGACGAGGAGAGGAGGGCGAGGUAG